UAAUGAUAGCACCUCCAGAAUGUGUUCAGCAAUUGUCACAUCCCCAGUCAUUUUAAUGAUAACACAACUCAAGUGCAUUGGUGCACUGAAAAAAGACAGUGAUAUGCCAAUAGAAACUAUGCCUAUAAUUUUUUUUUUAAUUAAAAGGGGGUACUCACUAUAUUGUAUUGCACUUCUGACAGAUUAUUAUCAAAGAGCUGAGUGAGCACCGUUGCCAGAAUAUUUUCAGUUCAACUUCUAGGCUGAAAAGGAACUUUGUCAUUUUGGCUCAGAUUAAAACACCACAUAGGCCCUAGGGAGAGGCAGAGCUUUUGGGGGAAGGUUGAGGACUAGAAAGAAAUCAUAGGAGAUAGUAAAACGAAGGGGUGGAGAGACCAGAGGCAAGGUGGCUGGUGGAAGCAUGUAGCAAGGCAAUGGACAAAAAAAAGAGGAACCCGGGAGAACAGCUGGGAAGUGAGACUUGAGGAAAAGCAUAGCACAGACAGAGAAACAGGCGAAGAAGGCACCAGUGAGAGAAGGAACUUUGAAGAACAUGAUAAGCUGCAUUGCACCAUACCACAGACAACAUUUCAAGUUGCAAUCUCCAAUUUUACACUUAGGUGACACAUACAUUUAUCCUAUGGGAGGGGGGAACAGGGUGCAUAACAGAGUUCUGAAGAAACAAUGACUGCUGGAGCUGGAGGAGAAAGUGCAAAUGAGACCAAACCUCACAGAACAGCACAGGGGGUGGCAACCUGCGGCCCAUGGGGGUCAUUUAAACAGCCCACGAGCCACCCCCGAACUGAGCCACACGCUUGUCGGGUCCCCGCACGCUGCGCUAAACUGGCGCAGUGCGGAGUGGGGACUCGCUUCUGCGGUGCCGGAAAUCAUGUCUGUGCAUGUGCAGAUGCCGGAAAUUGCGUCAUCCGGCCCACGGAGCGAUCUCUGCGGGAGUGAACCGGCCCAGGUUAGGUAAACCUUGCUGAUCCCUGGAAUAGCAGGCACAUCAACAUUGCAAGCAGAUGCAUGAAAGUAAAAGUUGUAAUCUACUACUUAUUUUAAAAGAACACUGUUGGAAGAGGGUGGUUUAAGUAGAGAAUGAGCAGGAAAAGCCCCCCUACCCUCCUUCUCCACUAAGAGAUUCCUCCCUCUCAAGCUAUUUCCAGUUUGUUUCCACACUCUACCCUCACAAAAAUGGGUUCAGCACCGCAGAGAGGGAGAAACAGUUGGGGGUAGAUAGGAAUGGAGAAGUGGCAGACAAAGAAAGGCUAAAACAGCCCUCACACUGAUGCUUUUCCCUAAACUGGCCCCUCUCAAGCUGCUUUUUUCAUUUAAAAAAAAAUGCUGCUUUUUAGGUAUCCACAUGCAAUGGUAACUUGAUCCUGACAAAAGAGGACAAGGAACAGUUAGGCAGGAAAGACAGUUUGCAUGUUGUGGCUUCUCUUGGGACUGAAGUACAGUGGUACCUUGGAUUAAGUACUUAAUUCGUUCUGGAGGUCCGCUCUUAACCUGAAACUGUUCUUAACCUGAGGUACCACUUUAGCUAAUGGGGCCUCCCGCUGCCGCCGUGCCACCGCCACGAUUUCUGUUCUCAUCCUGAAGCAAAGUUCUUAACCCGAGGUACUAUUUCUGGGUUAGCGGAGUCUGUAACCUGAAGCGUCUGUAACCUGAGGUACCACUGUACUCAGCAACCUAGAAGGGGCAACGCAGGUCAGCAGACAAUGGGCGAAGGUGGUGAGAUUAAAUGUCACGUGUUGAUCUGCGGCUAGGCUGCGCUUUUGAGUUGUAUUGAAGGAAGGUGAGGACAGGUGACCUCACCUAGGUCCGAAGUCACCCCCCACCAAAGCAGGCUCAAAGCUUCUCAAAAUCAUUUUCUCAGCAGCUAAGCAUCAGAAACAUUCCGCUCUGCUGUAACAAAGGUAGAGAACAGUCCAUUGUUUCUCAGGCCUUUCUCAUGUCUUCUGGCCUUGCUAAAGAACCACAUUGCAACUUGCUUUCUGUCCGGGAACCAUGCCAGAACAAGAGAUUGAAACGUAUCUGAACAUGCUGGAAAAACCCCUCGGCUUCUCGUUCCCCCUUUCCUGGGAAGAGUCCAAUAGUCCCAAGACAGCUUUCUGUACAUGCUCAGGAACCUCAACAUGGGGCAGGACUCCUGAGGGAGGAGAAAGGAGGAGGGAACUGGAAAGGGGUAUAUAUGCUUGUGCACAUGAUUGUGAACUCGUGCAUGCUUUUUGUGACUUAUCACACUUGCUCCUUCUACCAGUUCAUGGAUGGUAGAAAUAAAAGCCUUUUCUCCGAAACUAUUCCUUGAGUGUCUGUUGACUCCCACUUCCCUUUCCCAGGCGCAAUAUUUUUCCCACCCGAGGGCAAAACCUCAUAAGGCUCCAGUAUCCAGAACAGACUUAUGCAAAGUUACUGCUUCUUUCCCCUGUAGUUCUCAUGAACUCCAAAAUCUGCAGUUGCAAGGGGGACACCAAAGCAACGCUUGAGGAUGGAGUGCGAGAGGCAAAUGGAAGAAACCAGCCGUUACAGCAGCCGGGGGGGGGGGCGCGCAGCAGAACAGGCCCGACCCCUCUGGGCCAUCUUUCUGGGUUUAGGAUUGCGCUUUUAAGCACUUCUCUCCUCGUCCUACGAACUGCACUCAAAAGAGCCUCCCUGUAUGAAGAGCGGGGUUAAAAGAGGCUGUGAAGGGAGAAAGCGAAUGGAUGUUUUACUCGUGAUUCCGUUGCUUCGUGGGCGGUGCAAGAAAAAGCUUGGGGGGCCCGCCAGAUCUCCCCAGCGCGCUCCGUGCGCACGAAGGUCGGGAUGCGGAGGGCGCCGCGCGCGCAAGGGGGCGCCGAGGCGCCGUUGCUCUUCCAGGCCGCCGAGCGAGGGAGGCGGAGCCGCAGAUGGCCGCUUCCUCCCGGCCCGCCCGGCGGAUCUCCGAGGGGCCGAGAGAGACGUGACCAUGAGGGAGAGCGGAGGGUCGUCUGCGACGGUGCGGACGGGGCUGGUGGCCGGGCUGGCGGUCGGGGCCGGCGUCUGCUACUGCGUUUACCGAGCGACCAGCGGGAGAAGGGGGCGCGAGGGAGGAGCCGAAGCCGGGGCGAAGCGGGGAGAUGUGCGUCCAGGGCAGGAGCACCAGGCGGCCGCCCCCACGUUGCUCCAGAAAGUGUCGGCGAUGCCCGUGAUUUCCAGCCCGGGCCGGAAGGGCCCGGAAAACCUUCGGCAAGGUAAGAACGCCGGGCGCUUAGUUUUGUUCUGAAUGCAUUUCCCAGUUACCGAGUUUGCGCUUUUCAAGAGGAUAGUGAGAAGUCCCAGUGCCGGAUUGACGUAUAAGCUCAACAAGCUAUAGCCUAAGGCUCCACUCUCUUGGGGGCCCCCCAAAAAACCUGGAUGCACAUUUCCAAAAUGUUAAGUUGGAGCUUAAUAAUUAUUUCACUAUUAAUAUACUUCUUCUUAAUUGUACAGUGGUACCUUGGGUUACAUACACUUCAGGUUACAGACUCCGCUAACCCAGAAAUAGUACCUCAGGUUAAGAACUUGGCUUCAGGAUGAGAACAGAAAUCGUGCUCUGGCGGCAGCAGGAGGCCCCUUUAGCUAAAGUGGUGCUUCAGGUUAAGAACAGUUUCAGGUUAAGAGCGGACCUCCGGAACGAAUUAAGUACUUAACCCGAGGUACCACUGUAUUUCACUAUUAAUAUACUUCUUAAUUGUAUUUCAGUUCAACAAUUACUUUGAUAAAAUACAUAUUUUGUUAUGUGCAAAUGGUUUUAGAUACCCAUUAGGUCCAUAAACUACCAUAUACAGUCAUACCUCGAGUUGAAGUUGCUUCAGGUUGAGCGUUUUCAGGUUGCGCUUCGCAGCGACCCAGAUUUAAUAGAACACGUUACUUUGGGGGUUUCAUGUGCAGACCCUCAAAAUGACAUCACGCGCAUGCACAGAAGUGGCGAAUUGCGACCCGCACAUGUGCAGACACGGGUUGCGUUCGCUUCAGGAUGCGAAUGGGGCUCUGGAAUGGAUCCUGUUCGCAUCCAGAGGUACCACUGUAGCAUAUAUUCAAUACAAAAAACAGCAACAAUUUGUUGUUGAUAGAGGAGAGCUGGACAUAUAAAGGGCCCCAAUACCUUCAGUAGUUUAGGGCCUCAUCAAACCUAAAUCCGGCCCUGAGUACACCAGUGGCAAGUGCAGAGAAAUACAGCUGUGUAUCCCUUAGACCAGUGUUCCCCAACCUUGGGCCUCCAGCUGUUUUUGGACUACAACUCCCAUCAUCCCUCGCUAGCAAGACCAGUGGUCAAGGAUGAUGGGAAUUGUAGUCCAAAAACAGCUGGAGGCCCAAGGUUGGGGAACACUGCCUUAGACCACCUCAUGAGAAGAGUGGACUCCCUGGAAAAGACCCUGAUGUUGGGAAAGAUGGAGGGCACAAGGAGAAGGGGACGACACAGGACGAGAUGGUUGGAUAGUGUUCUCAAAGCUACCAGCAUGAGCUUGACCAAACUGCAGGAGGCAGUGGAAGACAGGAGUGCCUGGCAUGCUCUGGUCCAGGGGGUCACGAAGAGUCGGACACAACUAGACAACAAUCCCUUAGACCAAAGCUGUUUAGGACUCCUCAAUCACUUGUCAGAAGCACAGUUCAAGGGGUUUGCAUGUUAUUUAUGUACAUGCUAGUAACAUAGCAUUACAAGGGCCUAUCUAGCUAGGCAUUUUGGCCUGCAGUCUACUACUGAUAAUAGUAGAGUGCAGUUGUGCAAUUUAUCCCAUGGUUUGCUGCUAAUUAGCAAUCCAUUCUUGGAUUGUUAGUUGUUCAAAACGUUAUGACUCAUUAAAGGCAGGCAAGCUUCUCUGCAGUUAGCCUGAUCAGAGGCUCUUCUUUCACCUCUUGCCAUUAGUGGCGUUUUCAUUUAUUAAAAAAUUGAACCUUUUUGUUCAGGCACCCAUUGCUAAUUAUUAGUGAACGAGGUUGUUGCUUCUUACCUAGACCAAUUGCUGAUAAGGUAUAAUAAACCUGUUUCAAAUACUGUAUGUGUCUCCCUCCUCUUCUUUCCACACUGUUUCCGAGGUGGCUUGGAGCCAAGUGGACAAAUGCAGUUUUAAGUAAAGAAAUAAGGAAGAACCCAAGCCCACUGUCCUAGGAGGGAGAAUAGAUAGGAAAUUCAUGGUUAUUAUUAGUUCCAAGAUGAGAUGAAAUGAAGUGAAAUGAAAUGUCAAACACCGGUUCAGAACAGACAUCCUCAGAUGCAGGGAGAACAACAUUCAUUGCUUUAUUCUGCUCCAUAAAAAUCCGGUUAAAUAGGACUUUAUUAUCAUAACCAUCUUACUAAUUGGUCAUUGGAGCUGAGUUAGUGAUUUGCCCACUGUCACCAAAAUGUAUCUCUGUUUUAACACAGCCUUUUAUGUUCAUGUCAAACUUUCUGUCAUUGGGCUAUAAUAGUUCAGAGUGUAGCUACACAGGUUUGAAACGCAAAGAAAUGCCUAAUGUAAAAUAAAAUAAAAAGUUGUAGUGCAACUGUUUUAGCUAGUGCAUAUACACACAUUAACCACUGUAGACUACUGCAGCCUUUCCAAUAUGCAAUGUAGAGGCAGGUGUUAAGACUCUGUUCCAGGGAUGGGGAGUUUCAGGCUCAGGCACCAAAUGUGGCCCUGUAGCCCCCUCUGUCUGGCCCUUGGGACUCUCUCCAAGUCACACACGCCUCUCCCCAGACCAUAUACCUCACUGCCCCUGCUUUACACCCUAACAGUUUUUGCAUGGCUGGAAUGUGUCCUUGAUGUCUGGGUAGAGAGAACAGAGAGUGGCGUGUGAGCCUAUGUAGCAACUAGCCUAUUGCAUAAAAGACAACCUAAAAUGUGUUGCUCCACCCACUUUUACCCCAGGCCCAAUCCACCACUGACAUGAUGAUGUUGCCCUGGGAAGGCUGCCCAGAAGGGAUUGUGGCUAAAUUACUAGUAAAUUACUAGUGUAGAAAUUGUUCAUGUUUCUAAAAUUUCUAAAAUUAGAAGACGUGGAUCUUCCAAAAUCAUCCCAUGAUCUGGAGGCACACCAUAUACAGAAUCUUAUUCGUUUACUUGACUCUACGAAGGAUCCCACAAUUCAGGAGCAAGCCUUGAUUACAUUGAGCAACAGUGCUGCAUUCUCUGCAAAUCAGGUAAGUAUUGUUCUUUGCUUAAAAGAAAAGAAAAUAUAUAAAAGACAAUAAGAUAAAGUAAUAAUCAUGUAAAAACUGAUUAAAACAAUGUAAUUUGUUUCCUUGGGAUCAGGAUCAUAUAAUCUUCAAAUUGAAAUCUUAUUUUACAAGUAGAUCUUGGCUUCUGUUAGGUCAGUGGUUCCCAAUUAGCAAAGUACUUCAGAGCCCGUUUUUCAAAAGCCACGGCUUUUGAAAAUAUUUAUAUCUCUAUGGUAGUUUUUGGUAUUGUGAAUUGUGCUACGGAUCCCCUGGGUGGAUUAUGCAGACCUCCGGGGAUCCACAGACCACCAAUUGGGAACCACUGUGUUAGGUAACUGUAAUAUUUGGCCGUGUAUUUUUCUAGGAGCAAUACAGCUUCCACAGCUUAAGUAACAAUUCUAAGCAGACCCAUAGUGCCUUGUCCCAUCUCAACGCUAGUGGUGCCUCCAGACUCUCAUUAUUGUGGAGAGGGCCUCAAGAACAAAAACGUUUAGUUUGUGCAGUUAGGGCUCUGUUUCUGUAGCUCAACAAAUCCACUUUGAAAAAAAGAAAGAUUUUGUAUAGUUUGGAAAGUGAUGAGGAAAUGCAUUGAAAAGUGUGAAAUAAACGAAUGAUUAAUGGAAAGAUAUAUGAACACCUUGCAAGAAAAUCAGGAUAAAUUUUCAUUGUAAUAAACCGCCCUGCAGACAAAUCAGAACAAAUGGUCAGUAGAGACCAGGUAUCAUUUUUCCUCUACAUAAGCUUUGUGCAAGUAAAUCAGGUUGAAUGCUCAGUAAACAGGUCAUCUGGAGGAGCCCUUAUAGAGGAAACGGGAGAUUGAGUUGAGAGUACUUCACUGUUCUGUACCUUACCUCAAUGAGAAAAAGUAGAGAUGUCAUUAGUCGUUGGCAAGGGUGAUGCACAGAGCCCUUUGCAUGAGCAAACCACAGUUCCAUGAACACUUGUGAGGAGGUAGGCAAUUUCAUCCCCCUUCCAACUCCUGCAUAACUCUGUCCCACUUGAAAAGAGUGUCCUGGUGUGUUGGAGUAGUUUGGGAGAGGUGGGAAGAAGGUAAAAAUGAUACCUUUUGCAGUGUCUACCCACAUGCUCCACCUUACAGUAAAUGCUAUGCCUAGAGUAGUUUUUACAAAUUAGAUAAAAAUGAAAUCCAAUUGCUUCAUUGUAUUCUUUGUUGAUUCAAGCAGAAUUCAUAUAACAAUUAAAACAUAUUUUGUUUGGCUCCCGGAAUUAAAUUAAGAUAAUUGUAUAUCACACAUUUUUCUGUUUAACUCAUAGGAUAUCAUUCGAAAUUUAGGCGGGCUUAUCGUCGUUGGAAAAAUGCUUUCAGUUCUUGACACAAAAGUUAAAGAAAAAGCACUGAAUGCACUUAAUAACUUGAGUAUGAAUAUUAAAAAUCAAGAAGAGAUGAAGGUAAGUUUAAAAGCAACAAAUUCUACUACAGAAAACUCUGUGCAUAAAUAAUGAGUUUAUAUGAAGAACUUUUUGUGCAAUCCCAUUUAGAUUCAAAGCAAUGAAAGCUUUCCCGUUGACUUCAAUGUGAUCUAAGCUUUCCCCUGUAAUGUUGAUUAGGUAAAUACUUUUUAUAAUGAUUAAUUACAGCAUUUUACAUGCUGCCCUUCAGUUAAAACUCCCAGGACAGCUCUCAAAGUCAUAAGCAACACCAAAUUAAUAACAAAGAUUAGCAUAAAUAUAACUCAAAGGGGCUUUCCAUAUGUGGGAAACCACAGCUGAACAUAAGAAGGGAAGGGCAUUCAGAAGAGGAUCGCUAAUGAUGAACAAAAAAUAGGAUGACUUACUUCUCUUGUCACAGUCACCCAACCUACAUUACUUUAAGUUCAGGUGCUGUUCAAACAAGUGUUGCAAAUAAAUAUGACGACAUGCCAAUUUUAGUAUUUGUAUUCAGAGGGCAAUGAAUUGGCUCUUGAAUUUGCAUGAUGAAACCUAAAACUGUAGGGAUGGUUGGUGGUGUUGCCCCUCAAUCUACCAUAUAUACUCGAGUAUAAGCCGACUUUUUCAGCACAUUUUUUAUGCUGAAAAAGCCCGCCUUGGCUUAUACUCAAGUGAGGGUCCCACUUACCUGUUCUCCAGUGCAGUGCGGAUGACUUGUGAGCGGCAGGGGCUGUUAUUGGCGGCGGCGGCGGAACGAGCAGCCCAGAAGCAGCCCUUUCAGGCUGCUCCUUCCUCCUCCUCCGCCUUUGCUGCUGUAGGCAGUGGCAGUGGAGGAACAAGCAGCCUCAAAACAGCCUCCUCCGCUGCCGCUGACAGCGGCAAAGUUGCGUGUGUGCAAACAGCCCCGCAGUUGCGCAUCUGCAAACCCUUAAAGAAGCCCAGGCGUUUCGGCGCAUGCGUGGCAGUGCUCCUUUUAAAAAAACCAAAAACCAGACAGAGCGGCGGUGGUGGUUGCUGUGGCAACUGCCGUUAUGGUUCUAGGAGGCACUCGCGAAGGGAAGCUGCCUCUCCUCAUGUCCUACUCCACUAUCCCGAGGCGUGUGGGGCUGCCCCGGACGGUGCUGCGCUGGCUGCAGAGCCUUGAUCUCAGCUUCUUGCCUACGUGUUUCUGUACGUGAGGCCGCCUCCCUGCUUCCCACACCAUGGCCGCCCUGACACUUUCAUCUCCCACUGAGCUUUGAGGGAGCUUGAACUCAAGCCCUUUGAUAUGUGUAUAUCAAAUCUUCUGAGACCGAAGGCUGGGCGAACCAGUGGGGUAGAGAACCUGUGUUCUGUUGUCAUCACUGCUGGAAACGUUGGGUAAGAUAGCACCAGCAUCCCCUUUAUCCAUUGAGAAGAGGUUUCCUUCCUUAAAAAUUAAACCUGUGGGCUUGCGAAGUUUGGUCCAGAAUUAGCUUCUGGACCACAAGAUACCUUUCUUUCCCUAGGAAGAAAGGCUUUCAUGGUGGCAGCCCCCAAUGGAGGAUUUGUAGUUGCUGCAUCACAAUCCUGGAUUUGCAUAAAGGCAGCAAGCAAAAGUGAAGUCAGGUUGCACAAGAGUAGUGAGCGUGGCAUGACAGUGAGAAGGGAGAAACACUGAAAGGCUGGAGGGGACGGGGGAAACUGGCAGUUUUAAACAAUGGUAAGAGGUCUGAGUAAAGUACUGUGGAAUAUUUGAGAGCUCUCAUGAGGCAGCUGAGGAAUGGAAGGGAGUAGUUUGAGUACAGUGAGAAGGGGGAGAGAUGAAUGUUUUUGUACUUUCAAAGUUAUUGUUGGUACCAUAUUGUUUUUGUUGACCCUCUUUUCCAUUUACAGAGCUAGUUUACUGUUUUUCUUUGAAAUAAAUAUUCAAAAACAUUUAACCUACUGAUGCCUCAAUUAAUGUAAUUUUAUUGGUAUCUAUUUUUAUUUUUGAAAUUUACCAGUAGCUGCUGCAUUUCCCACCCUAGGCUUAUCCUCGAGUCAGUAAGUUUUCCCAGUUUUUUGUGGUAAAAUUAGGUGCCAUGGCUUAUAUUCAGGUCGGCUUAUACUCGAGUAUACAGUGGUACCUCGGGUUAAGAACUUAAUUCGUUCUGGAGGUCUGUUCUUAACCUGAAACUGUUCUUAACCUGAAGCACCACUUUAGCUAGUGGGGCCUCCUCUUGCUGCUGCUGCUGUGCCGCCGCCGCACGAUUUCUGUUCUCAUCCUGAAGCAAAGUUCUUAACCUGAAGCACUAUUUCUGGGUUAGCAGAGUCUGUAACCUGAAGCAUAUGUAACUGAAGCGUAUGUAACCCGAGGUGCCACUGUAUAUGUUAUUAACAAUACUUUAAACAUCCGCAGAGAAGAAAACAGAUAACUCUACAUUUAGAAUAUGUUGUUAACGGAAGGAUUAUUGUGAUAAAAGGUUUUUCCAAUUGUUUAAAUUAGCAGCAUUUGCUAUACCUCAUGUUAAAAAAAAGGUACUUUGUCGCUACCUUUGCUUACUUGUUCAAAAUUUGCGUUCAACAGCGAUAAUAUUUUGUUUUUAAUGAUAACAGUGGGAUUAUCACUGGGAGUGGUUUGUUCUGAUCGUGUUUUUGUUUUUCCCUCCCUAAGAUAUAUAUUUCCAUAGUUUGUGAGGAGACAGAUUCAUCUCCCUUGAACUCUGAACUUCAGCUUGCUGGGCUCCGAUUUUUAACCAAUAUGUCUGUUACCAAUGACUAUCAUUACAUGAUGACAAGCUUCAUACCAUGCUUUCUUCAAAUGCUUUCGGAAGGAAAUGAAAAAACACAGGUACCAUAAGAUGCUCUAUCUUGUUAGGAGGAAAAUCUUUUGGAUUCUGCUUUUCUUGUCCUUUAAUUCUCUGUGUAUUAAAUUACUUUGAAAAUUAAUAGUAGUCAUGCACAUAAGUUAAAGGGGGUAGAAAAUGUUUUUAGCUGAUUUUUCUUUACUCACCUCUUUUUAAAAGGUGAGGGAGUAGGACUAUUUAGGCUUUCUGAACUCCAGAGCCAACUCAAAAGUUAACUCUAAUUAGAAAAGGGAUUUGAACCAGAGCAUUAAAACAAUUGCUUACUGGUCAUUCAUAAGAAAAGACCUUAGCAGGACUCCAUUCCCUGUUCCUUUGUAAGUUAAGAGCUCCACAAGAUGGCUCUCUGUCACUCUCAACCUGUUUACUUUGAGUGAAAAUAACAGCAGAGCUUGUUUUGAACAGUUGUGAAUGUUUCUUCUUUAGAUUACAGAAGCACACAUAUUAGAAAACAGGAUUCUCUGAGAAUUCAGGAUAGAUUUAUACUUAUGACAGAUGGAUGUAGAUUUUAAAUUAAGAAUAGGUGCAAAGAUAAGGUUGGUGUCACUAGCGUUGCUGCAUUGCAGCUUUGGGGCCAGUUUACACUUCACAGCUCAGAUUAACUUUGUGUUUCUGCUGAGUACUAUGCAAGCUUCAUUAAUGUGUGGCCCCGAAAUUCCAGAUUCCCCCCUGCAACUGAUGUCAAAGUUUGGUGCUAGUUUUGUGCCACAAACCCUGCUUUCUGCAGUGCCCUCCAAACUGACUAAUUGAUAGUCAAUCUCAUAGGUUUACCCCCAAACUCAACUCUGUCUGCUUGACUACAGACUGGUCCCAAAGUGGUGUGCUGGUUUGGUGCUGCAAACUCCACUUUCUGUGCCACCCCCCAAACUGAGUGAUUUAUGAAGCUUGCAAUGCGGGUAGCCAAUUCUCGUACUGGUUUACUCAGAAAUAAGUACUGAUAAAACUUAAAAGGGGCUUAUUUCCUAAUAAGGACAAAUGCUUGUUACAAGAAAAUUGGGUUUAUAUUAUUUUGCUUUUUUCCCUCCUUAUAAUUUUGGUUUUGUCACCAUGUUUAACUGCCAGAAAAAGUGGGAUCUAAUUUUUUUGUUUUAUGAUCUCCUAGCCUGCAGUUUGUAAGUUGUGCUGGCAAAUCUUAUUGAUUAGUAAAUUAGUAAUAUGUGUUCCUAAUAUAUCCUGCUUAUUUUAUGUGUAGUGUUAAAUCCAAAGUAUAUUAUUAAAAUUAACUUUCCCCCUAUAUUAAUAGGUUCAGGUUCUAAAAGUGCUUGUGAAUUUAUCAGCAAACCCAGCUAUGACGGAACAUCUCCUUAAUGCUCAGGUAAUGCUACUUUUUAUGCUUCUUCCAACAAUUACUAUUUGAAGAAAUAAUAAUAAUAAUAAUAAAUUUUUAUUUAUAUCCCGCCCUCCCCAGCCGAAUCCGGGCUCAGGGCGGCUAACAACAAUAAAAUAAUACAACAUUCUAAAAUCAUUUCAUUAUAAAAUUAAUUCCAAUCAAAUUGAUGGCAACCAUUGGGCUAGAGUUCUGUGAAGAUUGCCAAAGGAGGGAGUCAGGCUGUGCCCUGGCCAAAGGCCUGGUGGAACAGCUCUGUCUUGCAGGCCCUGCGGAAAGAUGUCAAGUCCCGCAGGGCUCUAGUCUCUUGUGACAGAGCGUUCCACCAGAUCGGAGCCACAGCCGAAAAGGCCCUGGCUCUGGUUGAGGCCAGCCUAACCUCUGUGGCCUGGAACCUCCAAGAUGUUUUUGUUUGAAGACCGUAAGUUCCUCUGUGGGACAUACCAGGAGAGGCGGUCCCGUAGGUACGAGGGUCCUAGGCUGUAUAGGGCUUUAAAGGUUAAAAUAGCUAUAGCUGAAUGAGCAGUGGUAAGGAAUACUCCAGGUUAGUAGCUGGAGAAUGCCUAAGGUGUAUUGUGCUCAAAAUUUGAUUUUGGGUUGGCAUAGGGAAGUUCAGAAGCUAGUAAAUUACUAGAGCCCAUGAAGGUGGGUAAGUGAUGCAUAUGAUGUUUACUAAAAAGAUGUAUGUUCACUUAUUUUUUCAUGCCUAUGAACAACUAUUUCUUGUUUGUUUAAUUCUCUAGGCACCCUUCUUAUUAUCCUUGUUUGACACCUGCAUAAAAAAAGAAGUUUUGCUCAGGGUCCUGGUGUUUGCCGCAAACUUAACAAAACUUACGCAAAAGGACAAGAGCAUUACUGUCCAUCAUCACAAUGAAGGUUCAAUUUUUUCUGUACUCUGGGGGAAUACUACAGAGUGCGCUCAGAAACUAACAUCUUUGUUGUACCAUCAUGACACAGAAGUAAAAGAACAAGUGGCAGAACUGAUAAUGCAGCGGUGCUGAAACUGGAAAUUGUUAAAAGCCUCCAUUCAAAAUCAAAUUCCAGAUGCAAAAGCCUAAACUGAGGCUUAUGAAUGUCGGACUCACAAUAUAUAUGUAGACCUACAUGUUCAUGCAACAGGAAGAAAAGUAGUAGAACGUCUUGCGUGUAUGAAACUACUUUCAACCUCGAUGCAAAAGCAUUUCAUGGUAGAAUUCACAUGAAGCUGUAGAUCAGUACUGUUCAUUUAUGUUGCUAAAUACAAUUUGUGUAGAGCUAAUGUCUGUAGAAAUGCUUCAGCCAUAACUUUGCAUAUUUUGAUUUAAAGCUCUCCUUGUGUCUCAAGAGUCCAACUCACUUCAAAUAGGAGUUAGGCAUUUGGGUUGCUGGUUUCAUCCUUGCUACUUUUCAGGUGUCUCAGACUUUUUUUAAAAAAUGCUGAUAUUUAAGUCAUUUAUUUUCAGUUCAGACAUUUAAUUAUUUUAAAGAUGAGCCAGCUGUUCUUAUAACUAUUUUGUGGUGUCUUAUGUUUUAUUCAGUUUGUAUAUUUUUGUACACUGCCUUGAUAGUAUAAAUAUUUUAAUUGAUCUUGAUCUAUCUUCUUAGGGCUGAGAAAACCUGAUGCUAGAAUAUUUUGGCUGUAUUCCAGAGUUGUAUGUGAGUUCCAUAUGUAAAUAUGUAGAAAACUCCAUAUAAGGGUAGAGCUACCUUCUCUAUUGAAAUGUAUGAGGAACAGCUUGUGUAUAGCGAGCUGCAAGGGGCAACAGGUAUAGUGGUUAAGAGCGGUGGACUCGUGAUCUGGUGAACUUGGUUCGCUUCCCUGCUCCUCCACAUGACCUUGGGCUAGUCACACUUCUCUGAAGUCUCUCAGCCCCACUCACCUCACAGAGUGUUUGUUGUGGGGGAGGAAGGGAAAGGAGAACGUUAGCUGCUUUGAGUCUCCUUCGGGUAGUAAUAAAGAGGGAUAUCAAAUCCAAACUCUUCUUCUUCUAACAGCCUUUACUAUGAGCAUACAAUGUUUUGUAAUGUGUUGGCAUUGCUGUCUCCCAUACCCUGUUUUUAUAUACCAGUACAAUAAGUAUUAAGAUAAUCAGACUCUGCUUUUUUAUUUACUAUUUAACUUUAAGCCCUCUAAAAAGAAUAGCUUGCAAUUAUGCACACAAAAAUUAAAUUUACACCUCUGGAAGGAAUUUAUUUUUGUUUUGCAAAGAUGGUCAGAUUUAUGUAUGGUUGAGUUUAUACUCGAGGUAGAAACCUUGCAGCCUGGUUAUGACAGAUUUCAUCAGUCACAACAGGAUGUUACUGCCCAGUAUCUUACAGAUGAACUUAAGUCCUCCAACAAGUGAGCUGUGAACAUCAGUGUACCCAGAGCCAUAAUUCAUUGUAUUUGUAUUUUAGUAGCUCAAACCCAUACACCUGAAUAAAAUGUAAAGUAGCAAUUAAAUGAAAAAGUAGUAUGUUUCAAAUGCAGUGCCAUAGUACUCUCCCAUUUGUAUUUCACAGCAAACACAAGUAUGUAGUGAUAUAAAACUGCAAAUAGUAUGUUGAAUAUUAUUCUUUAGCUGAAGAUAAAUCCUCCUAAAGAAAAAUUGGGAGAGAAAAAAGGAGCGUAGUUAAAUUAAAUGGUUAUUUCUUAUUGUGAGAGUCCAAGUCAUAUUAACAUAACAUACUCAAAGUAUUAUUCAAUAAUAUGACUACUUCUGAGCAAGAGAAAUCUUUAUUUUGUAAAUUAGUUUUACUAGUUUGACACAUGUAUAAUUGGCCAUUUUUUACAAUGUUGAACAAAUUAAUAUCAUGCUUUUAAAAUUUUAUAAGCAAUUUGUAUAUGUUUUUCCACAUCAUUCUGACAAACCAAUUCAUUUGAAACCCACAGUAGGCGGCAGGGAGCAAGAACAAACAAAACAAGCUGAAUAAAGAUUUCAGAGAACAAACGGUUCCAGUUACAUGCAGCUUGCUUAUUCUCAAAACAAGAAGUGUUCAGGCCUGUGCUAGAACAAUUUCACAGUGACAACACAAUGCAAAGUGUACAGAGAUUCUGGCCAGCAGCAACAUAAAUAGGCAUUUUUUUGUAGUUAGAACUCUUUGAAAAGGCACAUUUUAUAAUUUCAAAACUUGGCUCUUACAUUUGCAAUUGAAAAUGUACAAGCAUUCAGUAAAGUCAGUGUUUUGUUCAAAAUGUGCUUUUAGCAACUAGUUGUGUUGGAAGACACCAUCAAAAAUCCUCUUAAUUUCCAACAGCUACGAAGGCACAGGGCACAUUCUCUAAGUGAUCAUUCUGCUCAAGGGAGAUAAUGGGCUGGGACUAUUCACACUAAUGCUGCAGUACUCAAAAACAUUUUCCAUGUGGCUACUGUAUUGGUUGUAAAACUCAAAACCACUUCCAUCAGGGUAGUUUCAGGAUCUUUAAGUAGAUCAGCACAACCCAACAUUUUACACCAAGUGGGCUGCAAGAGUACUUUGAGACGGAACCCGCAGGCCACACGCUACCUUAUUGCACAGGCCAAAAUUUGGUCCCCAUGACACCCUCUCAUUGCUGCCUUUCUACAGCCAAUAAGAAAGGUGCAAGGCUUUGGGAAGGAGGCAUGAGGCCCUGACAGGGUCCUAGAACUCCCACCUUCUUCCCAAAGCUGGGAAAGCGCUAACUAUGCCUGGGGAAGGAGGAGGGAGGAUUCUGGGACCCAGUCAGAGCCCUCACACCUCCUUCCCAAAGCCCAGUGCCUCACUUACCUGGCUUUGGGAAGGCAGCGCAAGGGCUGCAGGGGGGAGCAUCAAAUGUUGCUGAUGGCCACUAAAAAGGCCUCAAGGGACACAUGCAGCCCUCAGGAUGCAUGCUGGACUCCCCUGAACUAGAUCAUUUCAGAUUUCAGCCUAAUCCAAAAACAACCCAAGCCCUUUCUGAUGUUAAACAAUAGUAGCUAAGGCUGUGCUCCUAAUCCCACUUAUGAGGAAGGAAGUCCCAUUGAAUUCAAUAGGACUUGAUUCUGAGUAGACAUGGUUAGGAUUCUGCUUAAAAAUAUGCAAUCUGAAACAUGCAUACUGGUUCUAUCACUGCAGGCUUGGCAUCUGAGUAAGGAUGCUAAAGAUUAGAAAGUGUGUCUGUUUCACAGGAUGGUGGGAUGUAUGCAAAUGAAGGUUUUGAUCCUAAUCACCUGCCAAAAAUUAAUGGUAUUUCAGCAAGACCUUCCAGGUAUAUGAAUCCACACAUACCAUCAUUUUCAGGAAAACCUAUCUGCAGUUUUCUAAUUCCACCCAAUUCCUGUUGAUCAGAUCAUUGGUGGAAAUGAUGGAGUGCCUUAACUGUGCUCUUCCCACCCCACUCCAAGGCAGGAAGGGGUCCCACAAGCACAGCAAUGCAUAUGGUAAACGAGUGUGCAUAUGAGCCCCUGGCCUGAAGGCCAUUGCCAUGGGAGAUUUUACUAUAACAGACUUGCAGUCAAAUGCAUGCAGAAUUCUAUACAUAAGCACUUUAUCCAACAUAAGGUUACACUCUCUGUGCUCCAAAUCUUCAUGUGUAUGUAGGCCUUGUUUUUCAGUGUAAUCCCCCACUUUUUAAACCAGAAAUCCGAUUUUUAGAAAGGGAGGGUUAAAGCACUUAGCAGUUCAGUGAGGGAGGGAGGGUUGCUAUGUCAAGAAAGCCUUGAGUUCACAGGUCCUCUUGGGUCUUAUGGAUUGUGGCCUAGUUAAUCUCUAGCAGGUGACCUGCACUGGUUUUAAAGAGGUGAAAUGACUUCACGGGCAAUGCAAUUAACUCCUUAUGUACACGGCAUGUGCAGCUAAGUUAAUGCUAUCAAGUGCUAUUUCAUUCAUUUAUUAAAAACUUGCAAUUUUGUAAGGCUGGUAUGCAAACUCCUGAAAUCUUAAAAAUCCUGUUCAAAAUUUUACAAAAAGGUAUCAACCUUAAUUGCUUCCCCCACCCCCAGAUACAAUUAAUAAGAAAUCCGUUUUCCCCCCCCCAUUUUUAUUCAAAUCCAUCCUCGUUAAUAUUUAAGUCUCGUGAUUCACCAUGCUUUAAGACAAAGAAAUCUUCAGUUUUCAGUCCGUAUCUGUCUAGAGCUUCCAUCAGUUUAGCAGGAGGGUCCAAGUAAUACUGUGGAGAAAACAAGCAGUCAGGACGGGAUAAGCCUGUUGUGAAACAGCUUCAUAGGUAUGACUACUUUAGUCUUGCAAACUUAAGGGGAAUUCUGGUUCCACUGAAAUCCAAUAAGACUUUUCUUUUUUCCUUCUGAAGUCCUUGUUAAGCUCUGAAUGGGGUUACCCCCUUGAAGCAUACCUUGUAUUUGUGGCAACACGUGUUAUUGAACUGAUCCUGCUAUUUCAGGAUGAAUCAACUGCUCUGUGCAGCUGUGGUAACUUGUCCAGACUGAGCACUCUGGGACUGCACACUGCUUACAAAAGCUAUGUUUUCCAUGACUAAACUUCUUAGAUAUUACAACUGUUCAUGAGAGCAGUUGUUUGCACACAUCAGAACCAAUUUGUAACCUCGGUUCUUGCCGGUGAAUGAUCACAUGCAUUGGAUUGUGAGCACAAUCUUUCCCGUUUAUGGGAAAGUAUGAAGUGCUCAACAAAGGCAGAUAUUCCUAAAAAAUAAUAGAAAACCAUGGGGCCACAGCUCAGUGAUGAGUCAGGAGUAUGCUUCUCCAUACCAGUUACUGGGAAACAUGAAAAGAAGGGCAUUACAGAGCUCGUGCCCUACUUGUGAGCUUCCCCAUAGGCAUAUAGGGCCUUUAGUCUUAUCCAGCCAGGGCUCUCGUUCUUAGGAUGAAUAUGCUCUGCAUCAGGUCCAGUUUCAGUCUCCAGUUAAAGGACUGAAGGCAGGAUAGGGAAACGCCUUAGAAACAGUCUAACUCAACACAAUGUGUUAUUAGUUUUCCACAUUUGGAAAGUAUUAUUCUUAGUUAUCUAAUAAGUAGCAACUGCAGACUGAGAACUGUAGUCAUGGUAAAUUCAAGAAUAGCUCAAACACCAGUAUGAAAGAACAUACAGUGGUACCUCGGGUUAAGAACUUAAUUCGUUCUGGAGGUCCGUUCUUAACCUGAGGUACCACUUUAGCUAAUGG